AGGCUGGGGGAUUCUGGCCAUCCACACCUGGGUCAUCUGACCGCCGGCGCCCGGGAUACGACCUGCGAGGCCUACGGACCUUCACCUUGUUUGACCGCCGCCGCCACCGCCCCCUCCGUCUUCCGGGUGCUCGAGGACGUGGGGGCGGGAUGGGCAGGAGGAAGACUGUCACGUGACGCUGGAGCACACGUGACUCGGAGUACACAUGACUUCCCGUCGCGGGCCACCUCCGGGAGAGCAAGGACGCGAGGCAGCAGAGAUGGUCCGAGCCGCGCUGUCGCCGCCAUUCCUCCUGCUGCUGCUGCUCUCCUGGGCGCCCCGAAGCGAGGCAGCCCCCGACCAGGACGAGAUCCAGUACCUGCCAGGGCUGACCAAGCAGCCGUCUUUCCGCCAGUACUCUGGCUACCUCAGAGGCUCCGGCUCCAAGCACCUCCACUACUGGUUUGUGGAGUCCCAGAAGGAUCCCAAGAGCAGCCCUGUGGUGCUGUGGCUCAAUGGAGGGCCGGGCUGUAGCUCCCUAGACGGCCUCCUCACCGAGCACGGCCCCUUCCUGAUCCAGCCAGAUGGUGCCACUCUGGAGUACAACCCCUAUUCCUGGAACCUGAUUGCCAAUGUGUUAUACCUCGAGUCCCCAGCUGGGGUGGGCUUUUCCUACUCCGAUGACAAGUCUUAUGCAACCAAUGACACCGAGGUGGCCCAGAGCAAUUUUGAAGCCCUUAAAGAUUUCUUCCGCCUCUUCCCGGAAUACAAGGACAACGAGCUUUUCCUGACGGGAGAGAGCUAUGCUGGCAUCUACAUCCCCACCCUGGCAGUGUUGGUCAUGCAGGACCCCAGCAUGAACCUUCAGGGGCUGGCUGUGGGCAAUGGACUCUCCUGCUAUGAGCAGAAUGACAACUCCCUGGUCUAUUUCGCCUACUACCAUGGCCUUCUGGGAAACAGGCUCUGGUCUUCCCUCCAGACCCACUGCUGCUCUCAAAACAAGUGUAACUUCUACGACAACAGAGACCCACAAUGCGUGACCAAUCUUCAGGAAGUGUCCCACAUCGUGGGCAGCUCCGGCCUCAACGUCUACAACCUCUACGCUCCAUGUGCUGGGGGGGUGCCCAGCCAUCUAAGGUACGAGAAGGACACUGUCGUGGUCCAGGAUCUGGGCAACAUCUUCACUCGCCUGCCACCCAAGCAGAUGUGGCAUCAGGCACUGCUGCGUUCUGCGGGAGAGGUGCGCCUGGACCCCCCCUGCACCAACACCACAGCCGCCUCCACCUACCUCAACAACCCUCUUGUGCGGAAGGCCCUCCACAUCCCCGAGCAGCUGCCCCGCUGGGACGUGUGCAACUUCCUGGUGAAUAUCCAGUACCGCCGUCUCUACCAAACCAUGUGUUCCCAGUACCUGAAGCUGCUGGCCGCACAGAAAUACCGGAUCCUGCUGUACAACGGAGAUGUGGACAUGGCCUGCAAUUUCAUGGGAGAUGAGUGGUUUGUGGAUUCCCUCAACCAGAAGAUGGAGGUACAGCGCCGGCCCUGGUUGGUGGACUACGGGGACAGUGGAGAGCAGAUCGCUGGCUUCGUGAAGGAGUUCUCCCACAUCGCCUUUCUUACCAUCAAGGGUGCCGGACACAUGGUCCCCACUGACAAGCCCCAGGCUGCCCUCACCAUGUUCUCCCGCUUCCUGAAUAAGCAGCCAUACUGAUGACCAUGGGAGCAGCCCCCCACUGCCUGAUCCAGCCCUUCCCAGCCUCUCCUGCCGGAAGGGAGGUCCUCCUGUAUGCAAAAUGCCCCUGUGGGGCAGAUCCCUGCCUCCAGAACUGACCCCACCCGUCUCCGCAGCCCUGUGCAUCCCAGACCUGGCCCCAGCGCCUCACAUAUACAGUCUGGGGGGAGUUUGCACUUUAUAACUCACUGGGGUGAGGCCUGGCCCACUCCCUGCUUGAAGAAUGCCCUCAAGGCACUGAUCGCAUCCCAGGAACACAACAGAGCUCAGGACAGCCCACGGGGAGGGUGGACGGACUGUAAUUGAUGGAUUGACUGUGAUUAUGGAAUUAAAUUGGGUACAGCUUAAAACCCCAUCUUCUCUGUGGCACUGGGGGUUAGAGGACACUAGAGGCUGUGAUGGGGUGAGGGAGAGGAUGAGAGACGGUGGAGUCCUGAAUGCAGCUGCGAGGGUCGGGGUUGAGGACUCAGACAGCUGCCAUGGAGGGUGGCGGGGCACUGGGUGCUAGGGGGUCCCCGGUGUUGGCAGGCCGGUUCUUCUCAAUCACCUCUCGCAGCCCUUUGGCAAAGUGGAGGUCAGCCCCGAUGGUGAGGAAACCCUGUGCAGGGAGGCAGAGAAGGGAGUCUCUUCAUUCCAUUACCGAGAGCAGGGUUUAGAGACGGAGACAAGAGUCCCUGGCCUCAAUCUAGUGGGAGAGGUGGAGCAGCAGAGCGGUUCUUAUAACUCCCUAUGAAGGGUGCUGAAACAGAGGCUGCAGGAGCACAGCCUGUGGAGGUCAAGGAGGGCUUCCUGGAGGAGAUGAGCUCUUAGCUAAGACCUGAAAGAUUAGUAGGCACUGAGGGUAGAAUCAGGGAAGAGUGUUCCAAGGUGAGGACACAGCCGGUGCAAAGGGCUGGACGAAUCUGAUGUAAGAUUAAAAUAAGAAGAGGCAGUUGAUAAGGGAGAAGCUAGGAUCAGGUCAAGGAGGGCACACGAGAGCUGUAGAGGGAGGGGAAGGCUCUGCCCUCCUUCCCCAUCGCACCCCUACUCACCGCGUGGUUCGUCACCACCUCGCGCACAAAGUCAAUACCCUCGGGGAGUGGGAUCUGCACCCCACGCCAGGUCCGCUCUGUGGAUGGGAACAGCCAGCUCAAUCUGGGCCCACCUGGCUCCCCUGUCCUUUCCCCCUCCCUCCUCACUUCCCCCAGCCCUACCAUUAAGCAUGGGCAUCACCCCAAUCUGCAGCAUGGUCUUCAGAGGGGUCUGCAGUGGGAUCAGCUGGGGGGGGAGGAGGGAGGAAGUUAGGGCAGCCUGUAGAGGGUGGGCUCGCCUUCACUGCCCACCUCAAUCCCAGCCCUGGCCCGCCCCCCCGCCCCCCCCAAUUCCCAGCUCACUGCCAGCGACUCUAAUGCAGACUGGUUUGAGUAGAUUCGGAACCUGUGGGGAAGAAAGAAGGGUCCAGUGGGCACGAGCCCUUGGAAGCUCCACCGUCUCCAGGCCACUCAGGCCUCUACCCACCCAAAGCCCCUGAGUUUCAGUCUUAC